AUGGGCAACUUUAUGAAACCCGGGACACUGGUGCUGGUCCUGGCCAGACGCCACUCCGGACGUAAAGCGGUCAUCGUCAAGAAUAUUGGUGAUGGCACCUCAGACCACCCCUACAGCCAUGCUCUAGUGGCUGAAAUUGACCGCUAUCCCUGCAAAGUGACAGCUGCAAUGGACAAGAAGAAAACUGCCAUGAGGUCAAAGAUCAAGUCUUUAGUGAAAGUUUGUAACUACAAUCAUCUCAUGCCCACAAGGUACUCUGUAGAUAUCCCCUUAGACAAAACUGUCGUCAACAAGGACAUCUUCAGAGACCCUGCUCUGAAAUGCAAGGCCAGAUGGAAGGACAAGGUCAAGUUUGAAGACAGGUACAAGACUGGCAAGAACAAAUGA